AUGAGAGAGUUAUUACAGAAGAGGCAAUUGAUCACUUCGUCUGAUUGUAAAGGUGAAAUUCAUUUAAUUUUGGGUUCUAUCGAUUCAAAUUCAUUUUUUGCUAGGAUUAAAUCCAUUAUAAAUAUAGGUGCCAUACCAAAGAUUAUAUGUAAUGAUAAACAAUUGAGCUCAAUUAUUGAUUCAAAAUUUCCAAACCAUGAUAUUUCAGUCCUUGAAAAAGACUAUGAUGGCAAUGACGUGAUUUUUCAUGGUAGAUUUGAAGUUAAUAAUGUCGUCGAUAGAGUUUACCUAUAUGAAACAGAUUCGGUUAAAUUAAAUGAAAUAUUUAAUACAUGCCAAAAAAAUAGAAUUCCAAUUAACACUUAUCAAAAUAGAAAUUUCUCAACUUUCCAUUGUCCUUCUACUUAUAUCGACCCAGAAAAUAGUGGUUUGCAAAUUACCGUCUCCACUGAUGGAAAUGGCUGUCUAUUAGCAAAUAGAAUCAAAAGAGAAAUCGUCUCGAAUUUACCAUCAAAUAUUUCAAAAACUGUUAGAAAUAUGGGGAUUUUAAGAGAAAAGAUAAUUAAUGAAGAAAAUAUUAGUUCUUCUCCAGAAGGAAAGAAAUUAUUAUUAGAUUACGGUAUGUUAGAUGGUGACGAUUGCUGGGAUAAUCAUAAUUUUAAUAGAUUAUCUACAAAAAUCAAUACAGAAUAUGGUAAAAAACUGAAAAGAACAAGAUGGUUGUCUCAAUUUAUGGAAUACUAUCCGUUAAGUAGAUUGGCCGACUUGAACAUUGAUGAUUUUGCAGAAUUUAAAAAUUUACCUAUUGGUAAUUCUAGAAAUUUCAAAUAUGAUAUAACAGAUGAUAUCAUCUCUAAAGUUCAAUCAAAGAAGAGAAAAAUACAAAGUUCUAUCUCCUUAAUUGGUAGUGGGCCAGGUUCUUUAUCAAUGUUAACAUUGGGCGCCCUGAAAGAAAUAAAAUCAGCAGAUGUCAUUUUGGCAGACAAGCUGGUUCCUCAAGAAGUGUUGGAUGUCAUCCCUUCAUCUACUGAGACUUUUAUUGCUAGGAAGUUCCCAGGAAAUGCAUCUAAAGCUCAAGAAGAACUACUAAACAAGGGUUUAGAAUACUUACAAAAUGGUAAAAGAGUAGUAAGGCUUAAACAGGGGGACCCUUACGUAUAUGGGAGAGGUGGUGAAGAAUAUUUGUUCUUUAAAGAAAAUGGAUACACUCCAUUGGUUUUACCUGGUAUAAGUUCAGCUCUGUCAUCGACUGUAUUAUCAAACAUACCUGCAACCCAAAGAAAUAUAGCCGACCAAAUCUUGAUAUGUACUGGCACAUUAAAAGAUGGUAAGUUGCCAGAGCUUCCAACUUAUUCUCCAACAAGAACUACGAUUUUCUUGAUGGUAUUGCAUAGAAUAGAUGAGUUUACAAAGGCAAUCUCUGAGCAUGGGUGGGAUAUAAACUCACCUGUCGCUAUUGUUGAAAGAUCUUCAUGUAAGGAUCAAAGAGUAGUUAGAACGAAGUUGAAAUAUUUACCUGAGGUUGUCAAGGAAGUCGGUUCAAGACCUCCAGGUGUAUUGAUUUUUGGCAAUGCAGUUAAUGCAUUGGUUGACAUUACAAUUGAUGAAUACAACAAAUACAAUAUUGAGGAAGGAUUCAGGGAAUUUGAAAUUGACGCCGAGCAACUGCUUAAAUAA